CCUAAAGCCCUUUUGAUCUUUUUCCCUUUCCCAUAUAUAACUACUUCUCAUAGAUCACGGCGGGAACUACUCAUCAAGUCGUGGAUGUGAGAUGGGCUCUCAACACAACAAUCUACCGGUGAAAGAAUAAUAACUACAUUUUUUACUCCACCUAGUAAUACGUGUGGAUGCAGCGUGGAAGCGAUAUAAGGCAUUGGAGUAGAGUAAAAACAUGGAUAUAAUAUCACACCCUGUAGUCAUCUUAGGAGUGUAACCCACCAGCCUCCUUCCCUUUCCCUUUCCCUCCCCUUCCCAUCAUCCACAUCCAUAUAUGGCGCACAUAUCCCGAUAUAUCAAACGGCCGGACCCUCUACGUUAAAAGUGCCGGACCGUUGGAAAGCUUCCACACUUUCUUCCCGUUUCCUCAUAUCGGAUUGCGUCCGACGAUAUGAGUUGGACUUAUGGUACCCCAGAGGGCACACCAACGGGAGGGCCCGGAAUUACCGCGAUUGCAAUAGCCUUUACUGCGGUUUCGUUUUUCUUAGUAUCUCUAAGGACAUAUGUGAGAGUAUGGAUAGUAAGGGCGUUUGGUAACGAUGAUUGGAUGAUAAUGAUAGCUUGGUUGGGAACAUGUGUUUACUCGAUGUGCACAGUAGUCCAGACCAAAUAUGGUCUAGGUCUCAUAAGUCUCGACGACAUGCCGGAUGAGAACGUAUAUAAUUUUGGACUGGUUCAAUAUAUCGGGGCUCCGUUCUACGUCGUCGGAAUAUGGGGAUUCAAAAUGAGCUUACUGCUAUCGUACCUACGCUUCUUCCAGGGGAGAUAUUAUAAAGCUGCAGUUAUCAUUGCGGUUCUCUGCACCAUGGCGCAUAUAGCAUUUCUCUUCGUAUUCAUAUUCACCUGCACGCCGGUUGAGAAAUCAUGGGAUAGCAGCAUCACGUGGGGCCACUGCGCCAAGGCUGUUCCCUUCUACCUCAGCUUCUCCUCGCUAACGAUCAUUUUUGAUCUCACAGUAUUCGCGCUACCCUUCCCGGUUCUAGUAAAAUCGAAGAUCCCGCUGCGGCGCAAAGUCGCGCUCCUAGUCCUAUUCGCGCUGGGCAUCUUCGUGACCAUCAUCCAGAUCAUCCGGAUCCAGACGAUCACGAACCUGACCAACUACCUCGACUCGGCGCACUCCAUCAUGUGGUCCAUCAUGGAGGCCAACAUCGGCAUCAUCAUCACCUGCAUCCCGCCCCUCGCCCCGCUCGUCAAGUACUUCUCCGAGAAGAGCCGCUCGGGAACGGGGUCCGGGUCCAAGCAGCCCGAGCCGCCGUACGCCCUGCGCACGUGGGGGACCGGGUCGCGCGCGCUGAGGGGCGGCCACGAGGAGGAUAUAAUCGGGGUUACGCAUGGAGGGAGCAUGGAGCGCAUGCUUACUACGGACGCGGGUGUUACGCAUAUGGAUGCGGCGGUAGUGGCGAAACAUCAUAAGAUUCGCGAAGGCGAUACGCAAAUGAGUGAUGAUAGGAUAGAAGAGGAACGGUUUGAGGGGUCACAGAAACCAGUUACCCCGGUAGGGGUAUGAUACCUAAUGGAUGGUGCGGUGGGGUUCGGACACUGGGAAAGGGGAAAGGGGAAAGGGGAAAGGGG